UGCUCAGAGACAGUAAUUGUGUGUGUGUUAUGUGACAAAGAUCGACACUAAGGAUUCACGGUCAGCUCCGCUUCAUAACUUAAUACUUCCGGAACAUUUCCUAGACGACGGCGUGCAAGAUGGCUGCUUACCGAUGUUUAGCAGUACUUUAAUGCUGCUUUAUAUUUUUUAAUUGUGAAACGGAAUUAAGUAAAAGAGAAGCGAGGUUAAAGAUGGAUCAGCUUCUUGUCAUCCCUGGUCUUUCAAGCUCAUCAAAAAGACAGUACACAGGCAAACUUCUGCGUCGUCCCCGAGCACCACGGCAGCUUCCCCCACUAGCAGUGGAAGAUGCUGAAGCAACAGAGGAUACCAAGGGGACAGUACUACCUGGAACAUAUGGACCUAGUGUGUUUGGAGAUGCAUUCAGCAUGUUUGAUUUAUCUUCUGAGGAAGCUUCUCACAGGGUCUCACCCAUCCCUAGUGGUGCUCCAAGUCUUGCAUCUCCACCUCCUUCUGAAUCAGCACCCACAAGACAUGCAUAUCAUUCACCUUUGAGCAAUAUCACUUCUUUUACUUCUAAGGGUGAUGAAAAAUAUGUGCUAGACCCUAUGUUUCGUGGUCAGACUGCUGUUGGGAGAUACGUUGAUGAACAAAGCCUUGCCAGAUCUUUUAAGUUCAGAGGACCAGAUCCAUUUCCUCUGCGGAACCCAAGGCAAAAUCCAGACAUUCUGAUGGACUAUGAUUGUGAUGAUGUUCGGUAUUUUAAUCCUCCAGCGUUUACUUUGGAACAUUUUCUACGGAAUGUGGCAGAACAAAAGCAUUUAGCUUUACCACAAGUUCGUAAAAUUAUCUGCUCCAGACAUAAUGUUAAAAAGCUGACAGAUUUGUUGGCAGAGACACAUAUACACCCCAGGAGACAGACUGAAAUACAUACAGUUAAAUUUGACCCAGAAGAAAAGAAUGUACCUCUCUGUGAACCACGUGUUCCUCAGCACCAGUUGCUGUUGGAGAUGGCAGCCAUGAUACGUAUGCACAUGCGACAGCACAUGCAGACUGAUGUGCGAACCAUCAUUAAACCUGCCCCAAAGUACAACCCAUUAUACCAUGGUGGAGAUGCAGAGACUGUUCCUCAUACAGAGAUAAUUUUGUAUGAAAAUGAUGCACAAGAACAGGCUACUCUGGCCAUGAAGGCCCAACAAGAAUCAGAAGCACCAGGAAGGGAUGCAGUCAUUCACUCAGCAAAAUCUCGCUACUUCCAGGACUCAUCCAGAGAGAGAAGUUGCUCCCCUUUUGCUCCCCCUGAGGAGGGAUCUAUAUCCCCUUCAGAGCUGGCUAUCCUGGACUCUCUAAUUGCAGGCGGCAAAGCACUUAGCCUAAAGGCCCAUUUCAUCGAUGCCUUGCCAGACAUCACACCUUUGAUGAGGACAGUAGUGUACUUAAAUCUGUCUUUUAAUAAUUUCAAGUUCUUGCCACCAGAGGUUCUUGACCUUUGGCAGUUGGAGGUUCUCAAAGCAAGAGACAACCCUUUGGUUGAGCUGCCUCAGGAUAUUGAGCGUCUAAGAAACUUGAAUGUCUUGGAUGUAUCUUAUGCUCUCAUUACAACUCUCCCUCCAGGACUAUUCAGUCUUGAAAACCUUCAGCACCUAAAUGUCUCUUACAACAGGCUGACUUUUCUACCAAACGAGAUCAAAUUUUUAAGGAAGUUGGAGACACUUAAUGUGGAAGGAAAUGAGCUACCCGCUCUUCCUCCUGGCUGCCUGCAUCUGAGACUGCAAACCAUCUUCGUCCGCAACAACUUCAUGCAUCCUUUAUUCUGGAAGGACCACAUCAAGCAACAGCCUCAGCGUCUGUCUGACCUCGCCAUGCUGGAGUUGCAUCAGAUGGGUCUUUUGGAGAAUGUAUCCACAUUUCCUGAUAUAGUGCUGCGUUUGAUGAGAACGGUGGAUAAAUGUGACUGCUGUCGAGGCCCACUUUAUGGACCAGGCCUGCGAAUGAUUCGGCCAGUUCCACAUUUGUUUGGGGUCAAGCACAUUCCCAUCAUGUUUCACUCCUGUUCACCACACUGCUUGAAUGUCUUCAAAGGACUAAGUGGCAAGCAGCUAGUAGAGAUUCUGUUUGUAGAGGAGUCCACUACUUGAAGAGACAUGUGAUUUUAAUAUCUCUAAAGAAAACAUUUUUGCAAGUUUGUGAGUGUAUGUGCAUGUGUAUGUGCAUGCAUAUGUCUACGGCUGCACUGCAUUUGUAUCUAUGUGAGUGUAUGCAGCCUUAUUCACAUGUGUAGUCACCGUUAUUAAGAUAAGUUUUUACAGUAAACAAAAAUUCAUUUGACAUUAUCAUCAGAUUUGUUUCACAGCUGUCACUGUUAGCAGCUUUCUUAAUGAAGUAUCAAAAACAUUAAAAUUUGUCUUCCAGAUAAUGAUCAUGCAGAAAGUUAAAUUAAUUAGACAGUGGUUGGUUCACAGAUAUCUUAAGCAGAAGAAGAUUUAAAACCUAAUUUUUUUCAGAAUUUUGUGUGUUUGCAUGAGAGAGAAAGAGAGGGAGACAAGGAAUGGCCAUAAAAAUUUAUAUUACUUGAAGUUUUUUAAAUUGUAAGGUCAUACAUUUGUUUCUGAAAAUAACGAGAAUCGAGCAUUUGCUUUUGUUGGCCAUUUAUUUAUUGUCGUUUUGAUUGUGUAGAUAUUACAGUCCACCCCCACUUUUAAUUUUACAUACACUCAGGUCUACAACACACCUGUGUGGAUUUCUGGAUGCUUCCAUCUUAUAUUUUCCUUUAGAAGAGAGAAACAAAAUGGAAAUAGCGAACUUGACAUUACGCCGGACACGUGCUCAGGGUGCGAAGAUCUCCUGUGCAGGUAGCGCAGGUAUCCGCACCUGGACAAGAUGUGCAGAAUACUGAGGCAGACCUGAAGGUUCUGUCCGAUAAGGUGCAGGCGAUGAUGGAAACGAGUGAUAUGUUGGAGAAGUACCUCAAGGACAUGGAGGCUGAGUUCCGUGGUCUGAGGGACGGGACCAACACCCAAAAUCCUGGGGAAAAAAAGGGAGAAAAUUGGAUUUCUCGAACAAAAGUUUUGUGCGAUUCACAAAGUUGGUGCGCGCAUUGUCGAAAAACAAAGAGAUUAACCGACCUGUAUGCAACCAAGAUGGUAUAACAUUGUCUGCAUCAUUGCUAUUCUAUCUUUUUCUUAGCAUUUCAUCAUGUGUAUAUAUGUUUGAUGUUAUCAUAUAUAUAUAUAUGUUUGUACCCGGAUAACCCAGAUUAAUAAAUAUGUAAGAACCAUA